AUGCAGACUGAUCAUGAUUUUAAAACAUUAACACAUAUUUCUCCAGCCCUCACCAAUGAGAAGCUCAGCAAGUCUCUGAGUGACUGGUUCAAAGAAGAUAUAUCUUUCACUCAUUGGGAGUAUGUCAGUGACACCGGUAAAGGAGAUUCCUACUUAAGUGAAGUUAUACGAAUUAAGAUAUUCGGCAGAACAAAAGACGGCGCCGGUAAACACGUGCAAGUGGUGCUAAAGACAAUACCUAAGAAUACAUGUAGGCGAUUAACGUUCAGAAGCGAUGAGUUCUUCAGAAACGAGAUCGCAUUUUAUGAACGUGUGUUGCCAGCUUUACUCAAGUUCCAAUCAGAAAAAAAUAUGAAAGAGCCAUUCGACAAAUAUACACGAUUGUUUCUCGCGCAUUGCGACGGCGUUAAUGACGUAGUUUGCCUCGAAGAUGCAUCCCUAGAUAGUUUUGGUAGCGCUAUAAGACAGGAAGGAAUAGAUUUCGAUCACUGUUUAGUCACUGUGAAGACUCUAGCUAAGUAUCAUGCGAUAUCUUUCGCUAUGAGAGACCAAGACCCUGAGGCAUUUGAUAGAGUAAGCAAGGAAAUAUUCGAGACGUACUAUGACGAACGUUUGUGGAAUUGGUACAGCCGAUUCUGGCACCGUAUCAGCAACAUAGCUAUUGAUGCAGUAGAAAGGGAAUAUCCAAAUUCGAUCUACGUAGAGAAAAUCAAACAGUUUGCGGUACCAGAACGUUAUAUAGACAUGAUAAAAGCUGUGAAAGACACCACUAACGGUGUCAUCUCGCAUGGCGAUUCCUGGACUAACAAUUUCUUAUAUCGAUAUCAGGAUAAUCGUCCAGUCGAUGCGAAAAUAAUCGAUUUUCAAUUAACGAGAUGUGCUAGUCCGGUAUUGGAUUUAGCAUUCUUUAUUUAUGCUUGCACAAAUAGAGAGCUCAGACAAAAAUAUUACAAAGAUUUACUAAAAUAUUAUUAUGAUGUGCUUUCCAACCAGAUCAGAGAUAUGGGCAGUGACCCUGACAAGGUUUACUCCUGGGAUGUGUUCAUGGGAGAAAUGACGAAGUAUUCAUACUUUGGACUAGCUUUUAGUUUUGAAUCGACGCCUUUCAUCGUUUUGGCGCCGGAGGAUGCUGUAAAUAUGGAAAUGGAGGGGGAAGAAAAGCGUAACAUUGAUGAAUUCUGGCAAAUAGGACCAUUCAAAACUAAAGAAGGAAGGCUAAGGGAAGCCAAUAACGUCGUGCAUUGUGUCGACAAUGGUUAUAUAUAG